AUGAAUGCUGUUGGUCAUUCAUAUACGAUUAUGCUAACCAUUAGUAUGAAUGGAAAAUUAAUUGAUCCUAUUUUUAUAUGUUUACAGGAGCCCACAGGAAAACUCGGACCACGUGUCAAACAAUCAAUUUAUCAAGAACGUAAUAUUCAUGUUACAUACAGCAAGUUCGGAAAAUUAACUAAAACACAUAUUCAAUAUUGGGCUGAAAAUGGUUUAAGUCCAUCGGUUUCGAAAGAUUGUUUGCUACUGCUAGGUUGAUGGUCUGGUCAAACUGAUCCUACUAUUUUCGAUGAUAUUUUCGUUGAAAAUAUCAUCUGCAAGCAAAUAGAAAUUCGCCCAAGAACAACCGGUGAUAUUCAACGCUUAAAUCUUUAUUUUUUCCGAUAAUGGAAAUAUUUUAAACAAGAGAUUUAUGAUCGUAUAGUCAUCGAUAAAAUGGACAUUGCCACCUGUUCUAGAAAUUUCAUUUUAAAAAUGCAUUCUUUGAUACAUAACCAACUCACAGCUAAAAGAUGCUCAUCUUUAAUCAAAUAUGCGUGGUAUGACAGUGGCUACAUCUCAAAAGAUCCUGGUCAUUUUGAGAAUAUACACGACAUGUGUUUUUCUUUCGACGACGAUUUGUGUUCUAUGACAGUGUGCAAUGAUUUGUCUUUCAUUAGCUGUAGUCAUUGCCAUCGUAUUCCCUGCUUCAGCCACUUUCUUAUAGAUGAUCAUAAACAUUAAUAAAAAAGACUUCUUGUUUGUUGUGCAAUAAGUAACGCGUUAUUUCUAUUCAUAUGAAAAUUGAUAUAAGUUGUAAAACAAUCUCUAUGAAAAGGUGUUAUGUACACCUAAGACAUUCAGUUGAUGUUUUGUCUUCAAUUAUUCAUGGCAAAAUGAACAACGAAGAACAUUAAGUAAAACUAUUUGACACCUAUAAAACCGUAUAUGAGUCGGCUCUAACCAUCAUCAUCAUACAAGAAAAAAAUCUUUAAGAAAAAUAAUGAAGAAAGGUAGUCAAACGCACAAAUUUGUAUAGCAAAAUAUAUGUGUCAAAUUUUUGAAAACUUUUUUCCUAUAAUUUUUUACUAAGGCCGUAAGAGCACCUAAUUGUUUUACACCUGAGAUAGGUACACUCCACCUAACAAUAUCAUUUUCAUUGAAAUCCCCGGGACACACCCGGGAACUUCUCUUGUUAGCUGAAGAACAAUGAAGUUACUCAUGUCUAGGGCAUUAUUAGGCAUGCACCAAACCCAAACCGUUUGGGUUUGGUGAGUUUGGAUACUGAGUUUGGGUACGGCUUGGAUUUAAAUUCGAUGAUGGUCCAUGUAUUUAAGCUUUUGAUAUACGACUGUUGAUCAAACUCAAACUUGAACUCAUAACCAAAUCCAAACCCAAACCCAAAGCCAUAGUCAAACCUAUACCCAAACCCGAAUCCAAGGUUAAUUGUACUCCGUUUGAAUAGCCUAACCCAAUAUUAUAUUAUUAUUUGAUAUAUUAUAGAGUACUAUCUAUAAAACUGAGAAUGUGAUCAUUGAAUAUAAUUAUACAAUAUGUACAAUUUAAAAAUUUUAUUUUUUCAAGUGGUUAUCUUUGAACAAGGUUUUAUCGAAAUAUGACUUUUCCAAGAAAAACUCAGAAGCUCUGUGCUUUUACUUCAUGAGAAUUAAAAGAAUCCACAACAACACAAGAUAAUCAGUCAUUUAUAUGGUACAAAAAGGUGUGUUGUAAAAUGACAUACAGUUUGAAAGUUAAACGAAUCUCUAUUCAAAUAAAUCUGAUAUUAAUUAAAGAAUACUAAAAUGCAUUAUCCAAGUCAUAUUUGUUCAAGACAUAUCAAUGAGCAGAACUAAAUGAUGGUAAAGAGAACUAAGAUUAUUGAAAGUAGUGCAUCAAUAUGCUUUAUAAGUAAUUGACGAAUAGAUCGCAAAUGAAUCUAUAGAAAAGAUUCUCCACUUAAAUUACAAUUCAAUAAAAUAUUUAGACAUGAAGCUAUCUAUAUCCUAUUGGCAUAGUUUUUUAAGAAUAGCGUGACAGUUAAACAUAUACUGAUUGUAUAACUAUUACAUAUUUCUUCCUACAUUGCUCGGUAGAAAUGUUUUGUUUAGCACCUAUCAUCGGUUUUAAUAGUAAAAACGACGCAAGGUCGCAUUGACUAAUUUAGAUUAUUAUUACAUAAGAACAGUGAUGGUUCACUCAACACUUAUAUUCCCAGGUCGAUGAUUCCAGUCAACGGAUCCCACUGGAACCUACAGGAAUCGGCGUGUUUUCCGGCUGAUUCCCGCCGUUUUCCGUGCAAUUCCUGCCGGAACCAACCGCAAAAAAAACUGGAAAGGGGGGCAGUAUUCUGGCCGGAAAGUCACCGUACCAGGAACCGGUCAAUUACAAAACUUUUCCUGUCACUAGAAAACCUCGGAAAAUCCAUCGUAUCCACCAUGGAACACACCGGAAACAUACCGUAUCCAUCACGGAACGCACGGGAAACACAUCGUUCCCAUCACGGAAUACAUCAGAAAGACACCGUAUCCAGCACGGAACACUCCGGACACACCGUAUCCAUCAAGGAAUACACCGGAGACAUAUCAUAUCCAUAACGGAACAUAUCGGACACGCCCUAUACAUUACGGAACAACCCGGAAAUGUACCUGUUAUGAACUGAAGUGUUCCCCUUCAUUCAUAAGACGAAACGAACAGAAUAAGACACACUCCUUUCUAGUAUAGUGGUUAGUGCGUCUGCCCGGAAAGCAGGAGGUGCAUGGUUCGAUUCCAUGCGAAGGGAGAUUAUUCUUUUGUUUCGUUCUGUAGUCAUGCCAUCACGUUGCUGUCUCGGUGAUAACAGAAUAUAAUAAGAGGAGAAUAAAGAACUAAAGGCGUAACAGUACCAUAUCCAACCUGGAAUACACAGGAACCAUAACGUAUCCCGCACGGAAAACACCGUAUCCAUCAAGGAAUACACCGGAAACAUACCGUAUCCAUAUGAAGGGGAGAUCAUGCCCCAAGCAGAGUCACCCAGAGUAAGAGAAAUUCUCCUACGAAGACAGCGAACCUCCUAUUUUCCAGAACGAACCAUCGCACAUGGCGCACCACUAUUCAUCGUGGAAACCAUGAACCGAAAGUCGUCAUGGGCACGCAGGGAAAUCGUUCCCAGACCACUCCGAGCUAUGUUUUCUUUUCGAGAAUGAACCUUCACAAGCGGUGCACCCCUAUUUUCUCCGGAAAACCAUGUCUCAAAAGGAGUCACCGACAACCACGGCAAUCGUGCUCCCAGGACAUACAACUUUCCUUUUUCUCCCAAUGAAUCCCGACACAACGCCCAUCUCUAUUUAUCGUGCACACCAUGUCUCACAAGGAGUCACCCAGAGGUAGCAAAACAGUCUUCCGAGAACUCCGAACUUGAGCCUUUCAGAAUCAAUCCCACAAUGUGGUACACCCCUACCUUCACUGCUGACCAUACCUCCUAAAAUAUCAUCGAGAGAUAUGCAAAUAGUCCACCGAGGACCUCGAGGUUUGCUUUCCUUUUCGGAAUCACCCCUAGCACGUGGUGUCCACCUAUUUAACGUGGAGCCCAUGUCUGAGAAAGAGUCCUCGAAUGGUAGCAAAAUCGUCCUCCGACGUCUCGCAACUUUGUUUUUUUCCAAUGAACACCAGCAUAUGGUGCACCUGUACUUAUAGUGG